AUGGCCCAGACCAUUGUCAUUGCCGUCCUCGCGGCGGUGUACUUUCUGAUCCGCUACUUGAAUCGCACGGAUAUCCCCAAGAUCAAGGGCCUUCCUGAGAUUCCCGGAGUGCCUGUCUUUGGCAAUCUGCUACAGCUUGGUGACCGACAUGCCACCGUCGCCGCCAAAUGGGCCAAAAAGUACGGUCCUGUGUUCCAAGUGCGCAUGGGGAACAAGCGCAUCGUCUUUGCCAACAGCUUCGAAUCGGUGAAACAGCUGUGGAUCAAAGACCAGUCCGCGCUUAUCUCGCGGCCCACCUUCCACACCUUCCAUAGCGUCGUGUCCAGCUCCCAGGGUUUUACGAUUGGCACCUCGCCCUGGGAUGAGUCCUGCAAGCGACGCCGAAAGGCCGCGGCCACUGCGCUGAAUCGCCCCGCCGUGCAGUCGUACAUGCCCAUCAUCGACCUCGAGGCGACGGCCAGUAUCAAGGAGCUGCUCAAGGACUGCCGCAACGGCGCCGUGGACAUCAAUCCCACGGCCUACUUCCAGCGGUUUGCGCUCAAUACCAGUCUCACCCUCAACUAUGGGUUCCGCAUUGAAGGCAACGUCGAUGAUGCCCUACUCCGCGAGAUUGUCGAUGUCGAGCGCGGCGUCUCCAACUUUCGCAGUACCAGCAACAACUGGCAGGACUAUAUCCCGCUGCUGCGCAUCUUCCCCAAGACGAAUCGCGAGGCCGAGGAAUUCCGGGUGCGUCGCGACAAGUACCUGACGUUCUUGCUGGAUAUGCUCAAGGAACGCAUCGCCAAGGGCACCGACAAGCCAUGCAUUACCGGCAACAUUCUCAAAGACCCCGAAGCCAAGCUAAACGAGGCCGAGGUGAAAUCCAUCUGCUUGACCAUGGUAUCUGCCGGUCUGGAUACCGUCCCUGGCAAUCUGAUCAUGGGCAUCGCCUACCUGGCCUCGGAGGACGGCCAGCGCAUCCAGCAAAAGGCCUACGAGGAGAUUAUGAAGGUCUACCCCAACGGAGACGCGUGGGAAAAGUGCCUCGUCGAGGAGAAAGUGCCCUACGUCACGGCACUCGUCAAGGAAACCCUGAGAUAUUGGACCGUCAUCCCCAUCUGCCUGCCCCGCGAGAGCACCAAGGACAUUGUCUACAACGGCGCGACCAUUCCUGCGGGAACGACCUUUUUCAUGAACGCAUACGCCGCCGACUACGACGAUGAUCACUUCAAGAUGCCCGACAAGUUCAUUCCCGAACGGUACCUCGACGUCAGCGAAGGCUCGGGCACCCCUCACUACGGCUACGGCGCUGGAUCGCGCAUGUGCGCAGGCUCCCACCUGGCCAACCGAGAGCUGUACACGGCUUACAUCCGCCUGAUCACGGCCUUUACGAUGCAUCCGGCGCGCGAUCCUGCUGACCAGCCGAUCUUGGAUGCGAUCGAGUGCAAUGCCAUUCCGACCGCCUUGACUACGGAGCCCAAGCCGUUCAAGGUGGGAUUCAAGCCCCGGGAUACGUCCAAGCUGCAGCAAUGGAUUGCCGAGAGUGAUGAGCGGACCAAGGAGUUGUAG